AUAAUCAUAAUUAUUUUACAUCACCAAGUCCACGAUAUAGGCAUGAUGUCGCCAAUUUCGUUAAUAUUAGUGAGAGGCUGCCUUUCUUUCGUUUAAUUUAUUGUGAUUUUGUAUUCUUUGAACUUCAUAUUUUGAAGGAAGUGGUUGAUUUACAUCUUUAUUUUCAUGCAACUAAUUAGUGCGGGGUCGUCAUGUUUUUCACUCGAUAAUACUUUCGCCUGAUAUGUAAAACUUGCACGGUGUGUUCAUUGAUUCCUGGAGCAUUCUUAAGAAUAAAUCUCCAUUUCUGAAUUCUGUGCAAGGAGACUUAAUUGAAUGUGAAUAUUCGCAGGACCUUCAAAGAUAUCUAGACGAGUCAUCAGACGGUGUGAUUUUCUUUAGUAUGGGAUCCAAUUUACGUAGCUCUAAUAUGAAAAACGCGACGAGAAAUGCUUUCCUCCAAGCGUUCUCUAAACUGAAGCAGAAGGUACUGUGGAAGUGGGAGACGGACUCGUUACCUGGGAAACCCAACAAUGUCAAACUUGGAAAGUGGCUGCCACAAUCCGACAUAUUAGCGCACCCGAAUGUACGACUCUUCAUGACGCAUGGCGGGUUGCUGAGUACUCAGGAAGCAGUUGUUCGAGGUAUACCAAUUGUGGGGAUACCAAUAUAUGGUGACCAGGGUUACAACUUGGCCAAGAUCGUUUCUGCUGGUAUAGGAAUAAAAUUGGACGUUGCAAAUAUCACGACUGAAUCUGUGUUGUGGGCGGUAAAUGAAGUGUUGAACAAUCCAAGAUACCGUGAAAACAUGCAACGUCUGUCCCGAAUCUACCGGGACCAGCCACUCACCCCGCUGGAGCAGGCCGCGUUCUGGACGGAGUACGUGAUCAGACACAAGGGAGCUCCUCACAUGCGCUCCGCUGCACUCGACCUCUCCUGGUACCAGUACUUCCUGCUAGAUGUCAUCGCUGUGUUGUCUUUAGUAGCAGCGUGUGUUCUGUCUGCUGUAUUUCUCAUUUCCCGAGCAGUUAUCAGGAGAAUAUCUUAUAUAACCCCACGAAUAAUAGUGCAUGGCUCCAAAAAGAAUAACUGAAUAAUUUUCGAUCCAGGCGAUAAUUAUUGCCACACUUCAGAAAGAAAUUUCUAAGAGUGUGUAACUUUAGUUUCGAUUAAAAGUAAUAUAACGAUUAUAAUGUAUUAUGCAGAAUAUAUUCAUAAAUUGGGACCAAAUUGUUGGUUGUUUUCUGUUUAUAUCCGUAUCCUUAUAAAUUUCAAGCACAUACAAUUUUACCAACGUUUUGGAGAACACCGUGCCUCCAUCUUCACGGUAGAAGUGAGCUGGGAAAGAUAGGCGCUGCAUAGAAGAGAAAGAAGCAAUUAUGGGGGAGGACGGGAGAAUUUCUUCCGAAAUAUUCGUAACCAUCUUCCAGCCUGCGCGGUUUCAUUACCCACAAGGCCAAAAUAUACAUCUUCACCUUCAAGAGCAUCUCACAAUUUAUUUUAUUUCAUUUUAUUUUUAUAAAAUUGCCUAACGUUCUGGUUUAAAGUUAUUAUUUGUUUAAUUACAUUUUCAUUCCUUCAAGCAAUGCUUGUUGUUUUUCACUUCCAGACUCCAUGGCCCAACUGAGAAUGAACUAACAUUAAUAACAUGACAUACUGAUGCACAUGAUUGUUCGCUGGAAUUUUAUUAACUCACAGUCAUCAUUCUUUGCCAAAACAUAGGGAAAUCUGAGUAUCUUCGUCUGGUGGCCAGAUUCUGUAGCGUGAGUGUCAUGAUCAGACUCAUAAUACUGAAGUACUUUUAAUUUUAUCGAAAUAUAAUCAACUUCUGACAUCUUUUUGUGACGCAAUUUCUCGCGAGAAUGACAAUGCAUAUUGAUGAUACUGUGAGACUUAUUCUGUUUAAAGUCAAUAUGUUAUCGGAAAUUGAAAAGGCCAAUGUUAUUAUCAGAACCGAAAAUACUGGUUUAAUAUAAUUGUUUUGAAAAUAUUUUCACCGAAAAUCCUGUGAUAGAAACAAACUUAUUGGAGGAACAAAAGGAAGAUGUAUCACGCACAAAACAGCUCGUCUAAAAACACUCUUUGCUUACAAGAAAUUUCAACUCGCUUGCAUUUUUGAUAAGGUUGAUUGUAUUCAGUUUCUUGAGUGCAGAAUUAAAUGUAUGUAUACAUAGGUGUAUGGUCUUAAAUGAUGUUACUGCUGUACAGAAAUAUGGAAUUAUGUGCAGAUGACAAGGAUGCACUUUACA